AUGGACCUGAGCCUGCGAGACGCUCUGGCUGGGGCUGGGAGAGGGGUCCCAGGUGGGGCUCCUGCUGAGGCCCUGCUGAAGAGAGACUUUAUGGCCUCGUUGGAGAAAGAGAGCUAUGAUGACAAAGUGGGCGAGACAGUCUCCAAGAGCGACUACCGACCCUUACUGGAUGGAAAGGACACCAAGAGCGGUCCUGGGAUGGCGUCAUCAGUGAUGUCAUCAGGCCCAGCUGGACAGCCUACCUUCAGCUCUGACAGCCUGCCUGGUCCUGUGAUGGCUGGAAUCACAGAUCAGUGGAGCCUGAACAAGACAAAGGACAGCAGCAAGCCUGACUUAUUUCAAGGCUUCGCUCAGGCCGGGAUGGGAGGGACCAUGGGGGCCAGCCUGCCAUCGUCCCAGACUAGUAUGAGCUCCACUUUUGGCCAGUCUGGGAUCGGUUCAGGUAUGGACACCCAGAAGAGUUCAGGCCUGUUUGGUGUGGAAAACAUAACCCCCAGUAAUACCAGUGGAAGCAGUCCGUUUAAGACCAGUGAUCCAUUUUCUUCUGGUGGUCCAGGAAUCUACUCUGGGGAUUAUUCUACAGCUCCUGUCCUCUCUCCCAGUGGCUCAAUAGAUGACAUCAGUCCCACAUCCUCCACCUCCGAAGAGAGCCCUGAGAGAGCAGGGCUGGGGGGCGAGUCUGGCAAGGAACAGCAGAGACGGCGCAAGAAGAGGAGGAAGGGCCACGACGAGGUCUACGAUUUGCUGGAUAGCCAGGAGAAUAACAUCAGCCAAUCAGACAAGCAUGGGAUGCAGGAUAAGGGCGGAUGGGAGGCAGAAGAUAAUGAAGAUGAAGAGGAGAACUGGGAGUGGGAGAUCAGAGAGAGUGGAGGAGGGGGUAGAGUAAAAUGCAGAAAGACAAAGAGUCGGGCAAGGCUUCCAGAGGAGUGGGGAGCACCCCAGCAGCCUGUCUCUCCCACACUGGCUACAAUCACUCCUACCUGGGCUACAGCUGCUGACUCUGGUCCAUCUGACUUCAAAGUUCCAAACUCCAGCCCUUGUCCUGUUUUGCCCUCUGCCUCUGCACAACUACCCACAAGUUUCACCAACCAUUCCCAUGCUACCCUUGUAACAGAUUCGUCUCCACGCUUUUAUGAGCCCAUGUGUGUAGAAGAUUUCCCUAUGUCUGCUAAAGACAGGCAAAAGGCAAAUGAAGAGAAAGUUUCAACCAGCAAACCUGAAGCUAAUAUUAGCAUAGCGGCUAGUGCAACAGCCAUCAAGAGUAGUUCAGGGGAUGUUAGUGGUAGUUUAGCAUUAAUGACAGGGGACAAUCUGAGUCCAGUUUCCCAGACCUUCUCUUUCCUUGAUUCAGUCCUCCAGACCCCUCAGGGCUCCAUCCACGACUCACAGACCACCCCCCCUAUCACCAACACCCCCUCCCUUACUUCUGCUCCCCUGACAAAGUCCAUCCCAAAAGAAACCAUCACCCCUGCUUCUGUUUCCAAGAGACCUCCAGACCUUUCUCCUACUUCCACUUUGGUCACCAUCCCACCUGCAGGGAGAUCAGCCCUCAGUGUCGACGCAAAACCUUUUGGCCCCUUGGCCAGCUCAGCCACGCCCCUUACUUCAGCUUCUUCCUGUAAGAGUGAAACCCCUCCUACUUCAUCAUCAGACACUCCCCCCACAAGUGUAGCCACACUCCUUAGCUCAGCUACACACCCUCCCUUCAUCACCCCUGCAGCCCCUCACUCUCUCCCUGCACACUCAGAGCACCAGGAGUCCUCAUCGCCACAACUCCCCCCACUGGAAGUGAAAUCUGACAACAAGGACAAGCAGGAGAAGACAGAUAUUGUGUCUGGGAAGACAGAGAAGCCUCAUGUGUUUGAUAAAGAGAAAGAGGAGCAGCAGAAGAACGAUAAUGGGCCAGACAAGAACCUGAAGUCUGAGAAGAUUCUCAAAGAUGAGGAAAAGGAGGAGAAGAUGAAUGCGGAGAAAAACAACAAGGCCAACGAAAAGGCGGAAAAGGUGGACAAGCCGGAGAAGACCAACAAAGAUGAGAAGAAGGAAGAGGAGAAGAAGCUGGCUGAGAAGAAGGAGGAGAAGGGAGGGAAAGGCACAGCCAAGUCUUCAACAGGCAAUGGCAGCAAGACCCUGCCAAGCCCUGACAGCAAAGGCAAGCCUGACAUGGGUCCAUCCAAACCAAACUCCACCAAACCCCGUCCAUCCACCCUCUCCACCAAUGGUGAGGCCACCUCGGCCAAACACCCUUCCCCUACCACAACCUCAGCCAAUAAAAAGAGCCCUGUACCCAAGGAGACCACACCCAUCGCUGCCAAGCGGCCGCCAACUGCAACUAGCUCUGCCAAGACUCCAGAAAAUGGUACGGCUGAGAAACGCCCACCUGGUCCAAAGGCUACAACCACACCACGUGCAGGUGUCACACAUACACUGACACAGCUUGUGCAUGUUGUUAAGUGCUGUCUUUACUACACAGUUGACAAGAGUGACAAGGCUGAGAACAAGACAGGAGAGGCCAAGAAACCCAAGACUACAGCUCGUCAUCGCCCAACCACCACCACCACUCCUGCUACUCCAACUGCCUCUACUAACGGUGAUGCAAGCACCACUCACCGUCGCCGGGUCAUCACCAAACCCCCUGUGCCCAAGCAGAUCCCAAUGGAGAAGAAGCCGGCAGUGCCCCGCGUUAAUCGAACCCCCCGCCCUAUCAACGCCCCAACACCGGACCUGAAGAACGUCCGCUCCAAGAUCGGAUCCAUCGAUAACAUCAAGUACCAGCCUGGUGGAGGAAAGGUCUCCUCCACCCCGAACAACAAGACAUCAGACCCGUGUGCCCCUGCUGCCAAGGCCAGAGUUCAGAUAGUGCACAAAAAGUUGGACUUCAGCCAUGUCACGUCUCGCUGUGGCUCCAAGGACAAUAUCAAACAUGUCCCUGGAGGUGGCAAUGUGCAGAUCCUGAGUAAGAAGGUUGAUGUGAGCAAGGUGACGUCCAAAUGUGGCUCUAAGGACAACAUCAAACACAAGCCAGGUGGUGGUGAUGUGAAGAUUGAGUCCCACAAGCUAAACAUUAAGGCUAAGUCUAAGAUUGGAUCGCUGGACAACGUGGGGCCAGGCAAUGCACAGACCAACGGACACAAGGAGGAGAAAGCAGAGGAGAAGACAUCUUCACCCCCAAGUGGCGCUCCGGCAACAGGACCAGCAGGUGUUGCUAAGGCAACAGCACCAGGGGGUGUUACUAAGGAGAAUGGGGUGAAGGAGCCCACACCCACUCCUUUUGGGGGUGAUGGACUGAGGGAGCCCCUUAGCAUAGACAAGCACAUCACUGAGACAAAUUUCGGUGGGAAAUGCAUGGCGCUUGCCAACCUGCCAAUCAACAGGACCAACCAACGUACCACAGCGCAGUCACUUCCCUCCGGCCCCGCCCAUCAUCUCGCCCACGACAGCACCAAACUGAACAAUCACCUCUCAGUGUUUCUCUGGGGUCUGCUUGCCAGCUUCCUGCUACCAACCCUGACCUUUUGA